AGUAGUGACCAGCGCGAGCGGUGCUACCGUACUGUAAAAGGUACCGUAUUGGAAGACAUAUUCUGAUGGAAACGAACCAAAAGAAAAUUAAAUCCUUUUUUGUGCACGCAAAUUCUCCUGCAGCUUGCUCCUAACAAUGCUAACCGGAGCAGAAUUCGUGCUUUCACCUGUUGGCGUAACGAAAAUAGUUUCAUUACUGUGCAUGAUCAUUGCCGGUAUGAUCUUCAUUACCACAGGUGAUUGUAACGAGUCGAGAUUCUGGGCGGCAACCUAUAUUACUGUUACUACCACAAGUGCCGUGCUCACGAUGAUAUCCUACUCCAGUUACGCUUUAAAUUUGGUUAAAGCAGAGGCAGCACUUAAAAAGCAGCACAUAACAGUACUGGCGUUGUCUUAUGUCGUUUUCUUCAUUCUCCUUAUCAUCUCCAUCAUAACUAUGACCCAGUGCUCUCGCUCAGUACAGACCAUCCAAAAAGUCCCUGAACCUCUUACAAUAUUGGCCGCUGUUCUAUUGGCGAUAAGUGGAACGAUCUUAUUCCUUCAUUGGCGAGCGACGGUACCGCCAGAAGAAACGCGAUACUCCUCCCGGGCUGAAGUUUGUAGGGUCAUUAACGAUUCAGAGAGUAGCUGUCCCCAACCACCCCGAAAAUCUGUUGCGGUGUAA